AUGAGGCAGAGAGACAAAGACCGUUUCUACAUCACCUCCAACAAAGGGUCUGUGUCCGGGACCGAGGACCUCACCGUCAGUGAAAUGGACCUAAGACCGGUCCACACGCUGCCUCUGAGCUCCAGGAAAACCUCUGGGUCCAAAGCUGAAGACAAACCAGUACCAAAGUCAUUAGAACAUGAGCAGAAUCUGGACCCGCAGGAUCCUCCUCAGAGACAGAGUCAGUUCUGGACCCGCAGGAUCCUCCUCAGAGACAGACUCAGUUCUGGACCCGCAGGAUCCUCCUCAGAGACAGACUCAGUUCUGGACCCGCAGGAUCCUCCUCAGAGACAGACUCAGUUCUGGACCCGCCUUUCCACUUUGUUUCACUUUCAUUUAGACACAAUAAAAACGGUGUAG